ACUAUUGUUGCCGUAAAACAGAACAUUUACUUCCACCAGAAGUUGGCACCCACGAUUGAUCCAAGUCUUUGAUCCAUUCAAACUCGUUCUUUGAUUUCAGACAUCAAGAGACAAACUUUAUCAGACCCGAAAGUUGCCUGAAUUCUACGUUUUGGGGUUGUUGAUUGUCCAAUGAUAUGGCUUCCUUCGAGAUGAAUGACCUUAAAAAGAUUGGGCUAGGCUUGACUGGAUUUGGUGUCUUCUUUACAUUCCUGGGAGUCAUUUUCGUGUUUGACAAGGGACUCAUCGCCAUGGGAAAUAUACUCUUCUUAGCUGGUGUCACUCUAACCAUAGGGAUUCAACCAGCCAUCCAAUUCUUUACAAAACGGCGCAACUUUAAGGGAACUAUAUCAUUUGGUUUGGGAUUCUUGUUGGUUGUGUUUGGAUGGCCUAUUUUCGGUUUGCUUCUAGAAUCAUAUGGAUUCCUUGUCCUCUUCAGUGGUUUCUGGCCUACACUCGCUGUCUUCCUUCAAAGGAUACCUAUACUGGGCUGGCUUUUGCAGCAUCCAUACAUCAGAUCGUUACUGGAUCGCUACCGUGGAAGGCGUGUUCCUGUCUAAUCCUCUCUUUGCACACACGUAAAAUAUCAUGUAAACGACUGUCAAUACUGUACGUAGGUACAUAUGUAUAUAACACUCUAGCAACUCAUCGUUUAUUACGUUGUAAAUGGUUCUUGUAAUUGAGUUUGUGAAUAAUAUUUACAUGUAGUCUUCUAAUCUUUGGUUUUCCCUCUCUCUUGUAAUUCUCUUAUUAUCUAAAAAGAUUCUUCUA